AAAUGACGUGCGGCGAGAAGAGAAAGGGAGAGCGGGCGCGCGCUCCGAAGCUUCCUUCCUCCCUCACUCCUUUCCUCGCUCCCUCCCUCCCUCCAGCUCUCUCUUACAACCUACGGGGACGGCUCUGAGCCCUCCGGAGUUAGCCAGUGUAUAUAAACAAAGACACAUUGCGGCUGCUUGGGCUCUCCUUAAAGUCCGAAGUUCUUACCGCAGCAACUAGCAAGAGACGCGGCUAUUCUCUACUAUUUCUAACCCCCUUCCCUCUUUUUUCAUUUCUCUUUCCUUCCUUUCAAUGCCUCAGGAAAACUCAUUCUCCAGGGCUGGAGCUUCCUCGGAGCCUUGCGCUUUUUUUCUUAGCAACGUCUGGAGACAGCGCUCGCUUGCUGUCGUUUUGAGGGAAUAAAACGUUUGGCAAACUACAUGUAAAGACGGAACCGCCACAGAAACCGAAGCCCAGGUUGGAAAAACCCUCUCUCGUGAGCCCUGGCUCCAGACACAACACUGUUCAGGAGGGACCACCCCCACCACUUACGCUUCCUUCAGCAGCAGGAGCAGCCUCAGCCACCAUCCUGUCAGUUACACCCAUCAUUCAGCAAGCAAGCCGUUCUCCAGAUAUGCUCUGUAUGCAAGCCCAAUACAGUCCUUCAGCCCCUUGCUCAAGUUAUGCCGCUCAAACUUCCUAUGCUUCAGAAUACAGCCCUGAGAUCAUGAACCCUGACUACACAAAGCUGACCAUGGAAUUAAGUAGCCCUGAGAUCAGUGCCACUGCUACCACCUCUCUGCCCAGUUUCAGUACCUUUAUGGAAGGUUAUUCUGGGGGCUAUGAACUGAAGCCCUCCUGCCUAUACCAAAUGCAGCCUGUCUCCUCUUCUUCAUCACCUUCCUCUGCAAGCCAGCGACCCCUCAUCAAGAUGGAAGACAAUCGGAUGCACAGUUAUCACCCUUCACUUUCUCUAACGGUGGAUGAAAGCAUGGCCAGCAGCUCCAUGUACUUCAAGCAGUCCCCACCCUCUACACCUUCUACCCCUGGGUACACACCCCAACAGACCUGGAAUGAAUCACCCUCACAUUCUCUUUCACCAGCACAGACUUGCAUGGCCCCAUGCCACCUGGUAGACACUGCCCCUAUGACAACAGUGCCUGGGCGCUUUCCACUUUUCCAUUUCAAGCAUUCACCACCCCAUACACCUAUUGCAGGUGGCCACAUGUGCUAUGAUGCCACUGCCUUGAAUCUACCCAUCGGAUCAGACAGGCCUAGUGCUAGUCAAGCAGCUAUGGAAAAUCAUCCAUAUGGGCACCCUAUGUCCAAGAGAGCAGCCACUUUAGCUUUUGCACCACUAGGCCUCAAUACGGCCACUUCCAACCUUCUAGGUGAGAGCAGCAGUAGCAGCAGUGGCCUUCCUUCUCCAUCUAGCAGAAGUUCUUCAGCAGGAGAAGGAACUUGUGCUGUGUGUGGGGACAAUGCAGCUUGCCAGCAUUAUGGUGUUCGGACUUGUGAGGGAUGCAAAGGCUUCUUCAAGAGAACAGUUCAGAAAAAUGCAAAAUAUGUUUGCCUGGCCAAUAAAAACUGCCUAGUAGAUAAACGUCGUCGGAACAGAUGUCAGUACUGCCGAUUUCAGAAGUGUCUCAGUGUUGGUAUGGUAAAAGAAGUUGUCCGUACUGACAGUUUGAAAGGAAGAAGAGGCCGGCUACCUUCAAAACCAAAGAGCCCUUUGCAGCAAGAACCUGUGCAGCCCUCCCCUCCAUCUCCUCCAGUCAGUAUGGUGAAUGCUCUUGCACAAGCCCUAUCUGAUUCUGCACCCCAGGAACUUGAUUACUCCAGAUACUGUUCUAUGGAACAAACUUCUGCAGGUACAGAUGCAGAGCAUGUGCAACAAUUCUACGAUCUUCUCACUGCCUCCAUUGAAAUAUCUAGAGACUGGGCAGAAAAAAUCCCAGGAUUUACUGAUCUCCCUAAAGAAGAUCAAACGUUACUCAUAGAAUCAGCUUUUUUGGAACUUUUUACAUUACGACUAUCCAUAAGAUCCAACAUUAGUGAAGACAAGCUUGUUUUCUGCAAAGGGCUUGUACUUCAUCGACUUCAGUGCCUUCGUGGAUUUGGGGAGUGGCUUGACUCAAUUAAAGAUUUUUCUUUAAAUUUACAAAGCCUCAACCUUGACAUCCCAGCCUUAGCAUGUUUGUCAGCUCUAAGUAUGAUUACAGACCGUCAUGGAUUAAAAGAACCAAAGAAAGUGCAUGAGCUAUGCAACAAAAUCAUGGGCAGCUUGAGAGAUCACUUGGCCUUCAACUGUCAGAGCAAAAGACAACCCAUUGAGUCUGCAGAAUCUAAAGUUCUGGGUCUCCUCGCUGACUUGCGUGCUGUCUGCACGCUAGGACUGCAGCGGAUCUUUUAUCUGAAAUUGGAAGAUUUAGUGCCACCUCCUUCCAUUAUUGACAAGCUAUUUUUGGACACUUUACCAUUCUGAAAGUUAGGUUUCCCUUGUGAAAGGCAACUACUUACCAGAGCAGGCAAAAAUAUCAGAAUUUGACUUAUAACAAUGCUGCUUUUGUUAUAUGAGGACAGAAGUAAUUCCAGCCCUAAUCAUAUACCAUAUGGACUUUUCCCAAUAUAUGUCUUUGCAAACUGAGAUCUAAGAUAUAAUUUACAGUCUUGGAGAUGGAAAUUAUAGAAUAGAAAGAUUAAAUGCAGGUGUGUUUUUAAUGGCACUUUUUAAUGAUGCUAUUCCAGCCAGAAAAACAAGUUAAUAUUAACUGUAUAAAAGCUAUUUCCAUAGCAUCUGUUCUUAUGUGGUGGACAGAAAAUUGUCACUGCAAUGUGUUUGAAAACAAGACUAAUAACAACUGAUUUCAAUAGCAUAUAUUUUAUUAAUUUAUAUCUUUAGCAUACUCAUACCAGACCUCAUUCGCUUCACGUUUUUUUUCUCUCUCUCUGUUUCCCUUGAUAACGUUCAUCCAUAAUUUCAUAAUUAAAAUAUAUUAAAAUGACAAUGGCUGUUAGCUCUCACGUUCAAGUGCAAUUUUAAGGUGCUAUCUUUGCUGAGUCUUGUUUAUGAGCUGUAAUUUAGUUUAAUCCAAAAGAGAGGUGAAAGAAAUAACAUGGAAUAAACUGGCUUUAUUACAUGCACUAAUUUCUAAGACAAAAUUCUUCAAACUUUAGAUCAGUGAAGUAUAUGUUGACAGCAAAGCAUUAAGCAAAGAUCAUAUGCUUAUUCCUUGGCUGAUUAAGUCAGUAGCAAUGGAGAACAUCUGAAGUAGGCAGGAUUAGCAUGGACAUAGUAAGUCUAGAUCUGAGCUUAGUGAAUUAGUUAGUAAUAGAUUCAAGACAAUUUGGAUGAAAAUUUUUGUAGAAAUAGACUGAAUGUAAAUGCUAUGAAGGGUUUAUUGAGCUGCAUUUUAAACAUUCCGUGUAUGUAAUUUCCUUUUUUUGGGUAUGUUUUACUGUUAAUGCCAUAUUAAUAUGAAAUAAUUUGUUGCACAGUGUCUUUAUUUGUAUAAAUAUUUGUAUGCAUGACAUAUUGUAAAGAUUUGCCUCUAUUUAUUGCAAUGACUGCCAGCUCAUGGGGGCCUGUUACAAGGAAGAUGAAAUAGUGUACUCACAACAACUCAGUUAUAGAAUGGGUUUGAGUAGUCUCAUACACAUACACAUGUAUGUGACCUUUCUGUUAACCAAUUAAAUAUGUAGUAUGUCUUGCACAAGUAAACUUGAUCUUACCAUGUAUUUGCAGUGACUUUUAAGGCAGUAAAAUUUAGCACUUUGAUAUUUAAAUAUUUGUUCAUGUUUCACUAACUUUAAUAUUUAAACAUUUUUGUUCUUUCAACAAAAAAGGAUUUAUAUGCACUGUAUCAAGUCUAGUCAUUUUGCUACAGAAAGAGAUCACUUUUUGAAUGUUGCUCUGAUAACCCUGUAUUUUUGUUAGCUUUAAAAAGUCUAUAAUAAUUUUGUCUUUUUUAACUAUGCUGUUUGUAUGGAAAUUAAAUUAUACACUCAGAUACCAAAAUAACUGCCUAAUAGCUGCAGCUAGGAUAAACUAGAUAUCAAGCUAUUGUCUGGUUCUCAAAAAGUUGCCUGAUAUUUUCUCAUUAAAUUUGUUUCAAAGUAUUCAUUUGAGGAACUGUUAUUCUUUUAUCCAGAUAAUAAGGUCAGUGACAAAAACAGCUCUAAUCAUUAUACUGUAGCUAGUAUUUUUAAUUUACCUGCAGAUAAUAUUUAAAAAUGUAUUUGUAUUGACGUACUGUAUGAUUUAUGUGAAAACACAGUAGCAGAAUUAAAUACCAGAGAACCCUGAUUUUUCUUGCAGGUUAAUCAUACUUGCUAACCCUCAAGGCAUGUUUUAUUUAUUAUUUGAAUUUUUGUACAUAUUAUGUACAUGACCUCACUAAAUUUCAAAAGACAUGCACAUUUUUUGUCAAUUGUGCAGAAGGUGUAAUCAUUAUCCUCCUUGAAUUAAUAGGCAUUUUUUUACAUACAAUACAUUCAUGUUUCAUUCUUAUUCUUGUAGAAUGCCAUCAUCUACUGUAGCAGAAUGAAGAUUCAUAGUUUAUCACAAAGUUAGGUUUCCAAACAAAAGUAUCUUGUUGUUCCAAAGUGUUUUCUCUAGAUGCUCUUUAUGCAAAGGAAGUUUUUUAAAAUUCUGUUUUGUAGUUGCACAAUUUUAGAAUACCUUGUUAAAUUUCAUGUAACCAGUUUCAGUCUUUCGUAGAUUUUUUAAUGUCAUUAUGGAAAUCAUCCCUGUUAAUGAUGGAAUAUUCUAUUUUUUUA